UAAUGAGCUUCGAAAGAACUCUUAAAAAUUGCUCCUAUAGUGCAGCAGCUACCCUGUUCCGUUUUACACACACUAGAGGGUUGAGAAAGAGAGGAGUGGGCUUUAUGUCCUGUCAAGAUCGAAACGGCCGGACAUUGACACGUUUUCAGCAUCAUCACGUCAGUGAGAGACACACACACACACACAUAGCCCUGCCAUGAAGUGAGCAAGAGAGAAAGAGAGAGAGAGAUGGGACGUGGAAAGAUAGAGAUAAAGAGGAUAGAGAAUGCAACGAACAGGCAGGUGACUUACUCGAAGAGAAGGAAUGGUAUAAUGAAGAAAGCACAAGAGCUCACAGUUCUGUGCGAUGCCAAGGUCUCCCUCAUCAUGUUCUCCAACACCGGCAAAUUUCAUGAGUACACCACUCCCAACAUCACGACGAAAAAGAUCUACGAUCAGUACCAGAAGACUCUUGGGAUCGACCUAUGGAGCACACACUACGAGAGAAUGCAAGGACACUUGAAAAAACUCAAGGAGAUCAACAAUAAACUAAGGAGAGAGAUCGGAGUAUGUGGGUGGCACAGGCAGAGAGUGGGUGGAGAGGACUUGAACGAUCUAAGCAUCCAGGAACUGUGCGGUCUUGAGCAAAAGAUGGCUGCUUCUUUGACUGAUGUUCGCCAACGGAAGUAUCAUGUGCUCAAAACUCAGACAGAGACCUACAAGAAGAAGGUGAGAAGCAUGGAGGAAAGGCAUGGAAAUCUCCUACUGAACUUUGAGGCAAAAUGCGAAGAUCCGCAGUUUGGAACAUUAUUUGAGAAUGACCGCGACUAUGACUAUGCUUUCCGCCUUCACCAUGGAGGAGGUUUUGGAUCCAAUGAACUGCGCCUUGCUUAAGUUAUUGAGGUCAUAUUUCUAUAUAUGGUUGGGAAUUUAAGUAGACUAUAUAGUAAUUGGAUAUAUAUAUAUAUAUAUAUAUAGCUGUCUAAUUUAUGUAGAUGGAGUUUUUAAUGUAUUUCAACCUAACACCACUAUGACUUUUGGUGAUUUGUGUAAGCGCCGAGACUAAGUAAGCAAAUAAUUUGUGACAUUUUAUUAUAGUUUGGCAAAUAA